AAAAGGGAGAACUACAAAAAAAAAACAAUUCAAUAGUAAAUAUUUUGUUGCAGACGCGGUAAUAACGAGAUAAAAUGAUGAAAAGUACUGGCUUAGGGUCUCAUAGGCCUCUUUCGGGACAAUUAUAUAAAUACACUAAUGUAGUCAAAGGUUGGCAGCAACGCUGGUUUGCAGUUGAUCCGGAGACAGGAGUUCUAUCAUAUUACCUCUUUGAUGGCCCUGGAGACACAAUACAACCGGGACAGCCAGCCAGAGGAGAGGCACAUUUAGCUGCAGCUGUGAUAUGCCCUAGUGAUGAGGACUCGCGAACAUUCACCAUCAACUGUGCAUCUGGAGACAUGCUGAAAUUGAGAGCCACAGAUGCCCGGGCGAGGCAGGAGUGGGUCAAUGGCCUGAGAGCCAUUGCUGAAAUACACACAAAAGCCAUGGGUGCAAACCCACCCCUGCAGCCAAGAGAGCAGCUCGCAGUCCAUGAUGCGAUGGCAUCAGCACGGCAACAACUCCAAACUACAGAACUCAGUGAUGCUGCACUGGCAAGGUGUAUAGAAUCGUCAGAUUCUCCAUUCCCACACACAGAUCCUGAUCUGCUUCUGCUUAAGGCGACGUCUGCAGCCAGCAUGCAGGUGCUGCUGCAGUGCCUGGGCGUGCUGCACCGGCAGCUGCACGCGCAGGCCGCCUCCAUCACCGCGCGACACUCGCACCACAGCGACCGCGCGCAGAGAUCCGACUGAUUUUACUCAUUAAUACUUAAAUAAACAUUCCAUAAUGCGAUUCAACUAAGAAUAGGACCGACUGGGCGCCAUAUUCUGACGUCAUAGCUGUCAAUUCAAACCAAAUAGGUAGGGUGAGCAAAAAAAGUUUUUUUUUUAAGAAAACUGAUAUACUAAGAUUAAUUGAGAAAAA